AUGCUACAAGUAGAAACACUCGUUUCAGCCUGUGCCGGCGGAUCUACUGAUCGGAAAAUCGCCUGCGAGUCACAAGCUGACGAUCACAAAACGGAUCCACCGGAGCAUAUUCCCGAUUCUCCGCCAGAGUCAUUUUUCCUCUCCAAAGAUGAAGAAACCGAGUGGUUGGAUCGUAACUUUGUUUACGAACGCAAAGAAUCCACCAAAGGAAACUCAAAUUCAGGAAACCUAAACCCUAACUCCACCUCCCACUCCAAUUCCAACUCCAAUACGAGCUCUCAACGUUUUGCGAAUCUCAAAUCUAAGACGUCGAUGAUCGGCUUGCCUAAGCCUCAGAAACCUUCCUUCAUUGACGCUAAGAAUCGUCGCAACCAUAAACCUAGCAAUAUUAAACUGUUUCCGAAGCGGAGCGCCUCCGUCGGAAAAUCAUUCGCUGAACCUUCAUCACCAAAGGUUUCCUGCAUGGGAAGAGUCAGAUCUAAACGCGGAAGAACAACAUCCGCCGCCGCAGCCGCCGUGAAAGAAAAAUCAGCGAGAAACGAGAGAAAACGCAGUUUCUUUGAAAGUUUACGCUCAAUUUUCCGAUCCGGUGGAAGAAAUGAACCGGACCGGAGAACUGAUCCUCCGGUGACGAACACGAACGGCAUAGGUAAUUCGAAUUCAAAAGCGCGUGACAGCACGGCGAGCUUAAACGACGUGUCUUUUGUGGAGUCUGUAUCGAGAAAUAGCGUCUCGGAGAGUGAACCACCGAGUUUGGGUGGGAUGAACCGGUUCAAGUCUGGGAGGCGAUCUGAUUCGUGGGGAGGAGACGAUUCUGAAAUCCACGUAUCGCGAUAA